AUUAAAUUUAAAUUAAAAGGUAUAUAUACCGUCUAUGUAUAGCAGCAGCAAGAACCAAUUUUUAUUCUCAAGAACACUCCACGAUGAAUCAACAAGUGCAGAAGAACACUCUUUAUGUUGGGGGCUUAGCAGAGGAAGUGAAUGAGACAAUCUUGCACGCAGCAUUCAUACCCUUUGGAGAUAUUAAAGAUGUGAAGACCCCAUUGGAUCAGGCGACACAAAAGCACAGGUCUUUUGGGUUUGUGACUUUUCUUGAGAGGGAAGAUGCAGCAGCUGCUAUGGAUAAUAUGGAUGGGGCUGAGCUCUAUGGGAGAGUUCUUACUGUUAAUUAUGCUCUUCCUGAGAAGAUUAAAGGGGGUGAACAAGGAUGGGCUGCUCAACCAAUAUGGGCGGAUGCCGAUACCUGGUUUGAAAGGCAGCAACAGGAAGAGGAAAUGCAGCGGAUGCAGGCAGAAAAUAAGGUGGCUAUGGAGGCUGCGGAAGAGUUGCACAGGAAGAAAAUGGCCGAGGACCGAGAUGGGGAAAAAGAUGAGGAGACUAAGGAUGAUCCCAUGGCUAUGGCUGAAGCAGAGGCAUUGAAGCAGAACACAUAGUCCUCAUUUGCAUUUUCAACUUUAUAGGAAAUUAACUUGUGCAAGUUAGAGAAGAAUUUUUCUUUAUUGCCAUUUCCAAGAUAUAUUGUGUUUAUUCUGGUGGUGGUGGAGCUGUUCUGUUGCUAUAUAGUUUUUGUAGACUUGUAUGGAUGAUAUUUCUCCAUCUUGUAGCCCUUCCCUGUUCAACUUGUUUUUCAUGGCUAAUAUGUGAAGUGGGUAUUCCUAGCU